CAAUCGCGGGGAUUUUCUCAUACUUUGCAUACUUGCAAAAGACAACUUCAAAAGACGCCAUGUUUGUUCGUCAACAAUUUUGACAGAUGUCCUCCAUCACUGCUGUCCCCUAUUCGGAUUCUCUGUGGGGAUUCAAGAUGGCGGCAAUGGUUACAGCACAGCCUGGUGCUCCUCCACCCGAGGAUGACGUAGAAUCAGAAUCAGUCGAGACAGAGGAGGUGGAUAACGAAAACGUAAACCAGGAACAGAGUUUAGAAGAAAAAUACGCACCCCCCGAAAUGAAAACAAGUAAUGACGCAGAGGAGGAGGCACAGACUGAGAAUGAAGACGUGUAUCAGGAACAGAGAGUGGAAGAAAAAUACGGACCAUCUGAAAUAAAGACGAAUAAUGAUGAAGAGGAAGAGGCGGAAACUGAGAAUGAAGACGCGUAUCAGGACCAGAAUGAUGAAGAAAAGUACGGACCUUCCGAAAUAAAAACAGGUAAUGCCGCAGAGGAUGAGGCGGAGACUGAGAAUGAAGACGCGUAUCAGGACCAAAGUGUAGAGGAAAAUUACGGACCUUCCGAAAUGAAAAUAAGUAAUGGCGCAGAGGAUAAGGCGGAGACUGAGCAUGAAGACGCAUAUCAGGACCAAAGUGUAGAGGAAAAGUACGGACCUUCCGACAUGAAGGUAGAUCGUGAUGAAACCGAAACAGAAAAGCAAAACGUGUAUCGGGACCAGAGUAAUGAAUCAAAGUAUCUACCUAAGGAAUUAGAAGAAAACAUUAAUGCAGAGACUGUUUCGGAAAACACCCAAAUAGAUGGGGAACGCGAAUCCUUCAAAACGAAAAAUAGUAACAUGGAAGAAGGAAAUGCAGCAGAGGUACAAAUGGAAAACGAGGACUCGUAUCAAGACCAAAAUAUUGAAGAAAGAUACGGACCCUCUGAAUUAACAGGUGGCGCUGAAGAUAACCAAAUAGACGAACAAAGACUCGACCUGAGUCUGGAAGAAAUAUAUGGAAGCUCUGGUAAGAAGCAACAGGAUGAACCACAAACAGACGGUGGCGUAUUCAAGUUACCGAGUGAGAGUAUGAAAGAAUCGGGCUCAAAUAAAAUGGCGAUACAUUAUCUACGCAGGUCCGUUCGUGACGUAUCAUCUGGACAGGACACAGUGGGAGGAAAUGACGUCAAUCUGGCAGUUACUCUAUGUUCUCCGCCAAAAUCCGGGUACUCAUCUGGUGCUCUCGGAGGAAUUGCCAUAGGAAUGCUAGCUCUUGGUUUCUUUGUCGUCUUUCUCGCCAUGGUGUUGGGACCGAAAUUGACGAGAAAUGUAUUUUUGAAGAGUCAGGGCUAUGAGAUGCAAUAGAGAGGGAUAUACACGAACCGUGUCCAUUUGAUAGAAGUGGAUCCUUGUUUUGAUCAAAAAGCAAUAUUUAUAGUAAAUACAUGAAUGCAUUGUGUGCUUCUUUUUUUUUCACUUUUAAAGGUGCAUUCACAAUUAUGUAACAUUGUUGCAAGUGUCAUAUUUUGCUUAGAUACAUUUACAUGUAUUUGUGACAGAAGUCUAGACGUCUACAUGUAUAUAUAAUCUUAGGAUUGUGGCUGAAACAGGUUUGUGUUAUAUCGAUUGUUUUUUAGUUAAUUUUUUUUUUUUUUUUUUUUUGGGGGGGGGGGGCUUCUCUUUUUUCUCCUAUUCUGAUUUUUUUUUUUUUUUUUUUUUUUUUUUUUUUUUUAUCGCGGAACAUUAAGCACAUAACAAAGGUAUCCAUGGUCAUUCUAGUUUCAGGGCAUCCAUCACACUUCCGUUUCUAUAUUUCUUAAAGGCGGGAUCAUCUGACAGUUGAUCAACUAAAGGCAGAGCUACACUGCUCACGUCACUUAAAAUAUACACCGUGUGUACGUAUAGCAAAUUGGUCGGUCCCAACAUUAAUUGGUCAGUGUUCGAGUGUGUUUCAGGUAUGGGGGUGGGGGGUGGGGGGGGGGGAACUGGCCCCUAGUGUUGGAGCAAGACCUCGAAUUAGGGGGGAAAAUUAUAGAGAUAUUCGGGCAAAAUGUGCUAACCUGAGACCUUUUUAACAUGUAUUUCCAUCAUUCUAUCCUCAAAAUUAGUUGCAAUCCAUGUAAAAAUUGAUUGUGAUCCUUUACAACCCUAUAUAGCUCUUUAGUAGUAAUACUAAUAUGAAUAAAUGUUGUCAUCGAGAUUCGGGCAUUUUCGUUUAAUUCGGUUAAAAGCCAGCCUGCAAAAAUGGUGCCCCGUACGCCUAUGGUUUGAGCUAGGUAUCACGCCACUAGUGAUUAUACAUUGGUGACAAUACAAACAUAAAGCCAAACACUGACAAAAUUAUUAACAUUAGGUGCUAUAUACUACUUGACACGAAGCGAACAGCCAUUGUGACGUGAUUUAAGCAAAUAAAAUUGAUACUUCGCCAUCUGCAACUUUAAUUAUCCAGCCUUUUUGAGACGUGGAAUAAUGGAGGGGAGGCAACUCUUGUUAAAAAAUAUGUAACGGGCACUGUGAACAAUGGUCUUGCCUGCAGCUAAGCAGAUAUGCAUCUGUCAGUUUGAUAUGUCAUAAUCAAGAGGCAAUGUUACCCUUCAUUCUUCUUCUUCUUCUUCUUCUUCUGCGUUCAGUUAAGAUUUGGCCGUAUUAGAUCAAUAAUCCGGAUGUGAUGACGACAUGUGACGUCUUCCGGAGGUCGUUGAGAGGUCCCCAGAGUUUGAUAUUGAGGGGUGUGUCUUGUGUUCAAACUUUCUGACGGUUCUCUUCCAGGUGUGGGCAGUUUUGUAGGAUGCAAGAUGUAGGAUGCACCAGAUUCACAUUGGGCAGUAUACGGUGUUUUUAGCCGGCAAUGUCCAGUUCUUAGACGGAAAAUUAUGGUUUGUUCUUUCCUGUCUAACUGGUUUAUGCAGUCUUUGUCAGGUGUGUAUCCAUUGUUUCUGGUCUUCAAAUCACAUUUGAACAUUCGUUUUAAAAGAGUCUUGGCUUCGCCGUAUCAGAUGAAAGAUUGGGUUUGUGGAAGGCACCUACCUGCUUUAGCCAGUUAUGUCAGCUUUUUCAUUGCCUGCAACUCCUGUGUGUGCUGGAAUCAGCUGGAGGGUCACUUUUUGGCUUUGGCAAGGAUGUUUAGUUUAGUUUUCAGCAGUUUGGUGAUAUGGUCUUUGUAUCCUUCCAAUAUUCCAUAAUAACACUCAGUUACUGUCAAUUCUGUUCAGACACAAACAUACUAAAAUAAAGACAAGUGGUCCUUUUUUCAUAGAACUAAAGUCAUCGCCUACACGUCGCUGAUUGGCUAAAAUAACGGGGAUCACGUCGCUGAUUGGCUAAAAUAGCGGGGUGAUCUCUUCAGUGCUCGGGUGUUCGACGCUCGCGUACGGGAUUUUUGUGUUUCGUGUUUGUCGCGUUGCCCGUGCAGUGAGUGGCAAUACUUGGCCAAUGGCUAUUGUUUAUGGGUUAGGUUAGUGUAUGAGAGGGGAGUGUGCGUGUUCUGUUUAGUUUUCACUGGAAAAUCUAGAGGUUUUUAAUAGGUAAUUGGGUAACUGUGUAUAUCUUAUUUGGUUGGGGGUUUGCUAUAAUAUGAUUGUGGCUGUAUACAUGUUGUGGUUUUUCAAUGUUAACAAAGUUUAGAGAUAAACACUUACGCAACUGUU